GUUAAGGUAGGUAUUAGUUUACGUUGCUACAUCCUGUAACGUUUAUGAAUAAAAACCUUCAGUUGGCCUUGGUUAGAAACGCUGGGCACGUUUUACAGAGAAAGAUGAGAAUUGUUUUGGUGUUGCUGGUUCUGGUUGUCGUGGCCACGUUCAGGGUCGACAGUUUCCGUUUUCGUGGACGCCGCUUCUGGCGAAGGGUGAAGAGGGUAGCCACUACUAUCGCUGUUGUUAAAGCUAUUGGUGCCGUCAUGGGUGGAAAACGAGAUGUUGCUGACGUAGACACCAACAUGGAUGGUGUGAUUGACGAAGCGGAAGUGGAGAAGUUUCUCGGCACGAGAGACGCACGUGACUUGCUAGGUCUUGCAGAUUCUGAAGGUAAUGAUAAAGUCACCGUAGAUGAAUUUCAGCAAAUAUAACAACGCUCUCGAUGAUGACAUAAAAGGAACAUGAUCCCCUCGGAAUAACAAUUUUAAAAAUGUUUGUUUAACAACACUAAUUUAGCACAUUGAUUGUUUAAUCAUACGCUGUUGGAUGUUAAAUUUGAAUAAAUGCUAAAUUAGCUUAAUAAAUAUUAAUGAAAAUGA